AUGACUAUUACUACUACUACUACUACUACUACUACUACUACUACUACUACUACUACUACUACUACUACUACUACUACUACUACUACUACUACUACUACUACUACUACUACUACUACUACUACUACUACUACUACUACUACUACUACUACUACUACUACUACUACUACUACUACUACUACUACUACUACUACUACUACUACUACUACUACUACUACUACUACUACUACUACUACUACUACUACUACUACUACUACUACUACUACUACUACUACUACUACUACUACUACUACUACUACUACUACUACUACUACUACUACUACUACUACUACUACUACUACUACUACUACUACUACUACUACUACUACUACUACUACUACUACUACUACUACUACUACUACUACUACUACUACUACUACUACUACUACUACUACUACUACUACUACUACUACUACUACUACUACUACUACUACUACUACUACUACUACUACUACUACUACUACUACUACUACUACUACUACUACUACUACUACUACUACUACUACUACUACUACUACUACUACUACUACUACUACUACUACUACUACUACUACUACUACUACUACUACUACUACUACUACUACUACUACUACUACUACUACUACUACUACUACUACUACUACUACUACUACUACUACUACUACUACUACUACUACUACUACUACUACUACUACUACUACUACUACUACUACUACUACUACUACUACUACUACUACUACUACUACUACUACUACUACUACUACUACUACUACUACUACUACUACUACUACUACUACUACUACUACUACUACUACUACUACUACUACUACUACUACUACUACUACUACUACUACUACUACUACUACUACUACUACUACUACUACUACUACUACUACUACUACUACUACUACUACUACUACUACUACUACUACUACUACUACUACUACUACUACUACUACUACUACUACUACUACUACUACUACUACUACUACUACUACUACUACUACUACUACUACUACUACUACUACUACUACUACUACUACUACUACUACUACUACUACUACUACUACUACUACUACUACUACUACUACUACUACUACUACUACUACUACUACUACUACUACUACUACUACUACUACUACUACUACUACUACUACUACUACUACUACUACUACUACUACUACUACUACUACUACUACUACUACUACUACUACUACUACUACUACUACUACUACUACUACUACUACUACUACUACUACUACUACUACUACUACUACUACUACUACUACUACUACUACUACUACUACUACUACUACUACUACUACUACUACUACUACUACUACUACUACUACUACUACUACUACUACUACUACUACUACUACUACUACUACUACUACUACUACUACUACUACUACUACUACUACUACUACUACUCAAAUAACGUAG